ACAGGCUUUAGCGUGUUUAAUCCCUGCAAAUGUAGCCUGGAGCCUGGUCACUUUGCUUCCGGUUCUGGAUGAACUUUUGUCGAAGCGAAUUUACGAGGACGACAACCCGACCUCACAAGCAGCGCAACAAUGAAUCCCACGCGGGCCCUUCUGGCGCGUUCAGUCUGGAAAGGACCCAACAUCGUGCCACUCCCCAUCCAACGAGCAGCACCAGGCCAGAAAGUCCCUCCAAUCAAGACCCAAGCCCGAUCCGCGACCAUCCUUCCCAACUUCGUAGGACUUGUGUUCCAGGUGCAUAACGGGAAAAUAUACCACGAUGUAGCGAUUACGGAAGACAUGGUCGGACACAAACUUGGUGAAUUUUCGGCGUAUGUAUCGAUUCUGUCGUGAAUUAAUUAGGACUGAUCAUGGCACAGAACGAGGAAAAGGUUCUCAUACAGGCAGAGCAAGAACAAGUAAACGGAAUGAAACGGCAUAUCGAUGGGCGGCGUUUUUGGGAGCUAUCAACGAACUCUCUGUAGGAAGACGAUUGUAUUAUACAAACGCGAGAAUAUGGUCCAGUAAUUCUCGCUCGCUGGUUAGAUGUAUUAUUGGCACUGGAAAUGGACUACGAGAAUAGGAACAUUAUCGCUGGGUGGAACAUUGCAUGAAGUCGCAAUCCUGAAAGCUAUGCAAACCAACUUUCAAUUUGGAACGAGGAGUAAGCUUCUCUUGCUUUCAAGAUAGCCCGACUUCCGCCUCGUUCGUAUUGAUAAUUGAUCAAUGUGAUUCGGUUGAUUAGAAGAU